AGAAAGUACGUCGCGCGCGUCGGGCAAAGUUGUUGACGUUGAUGAGCGAUAUUUCUCUUAGAGCUGUAGAGCUUAGAGCGCCCAGCAUCCGUUGUCAUGUGCUGCUUAAUCAAGCACCACUGAAAUUUGUUUCUGCUUCUGGCGUAACGAAAGUAUCAUGUCUAACUUUGACUGCAUUGUGGUCACUUGCUGUUCUCUUAAGUGGGCGACUGCGAUUGAAUCAGAACUACGGAUACUUAAAGCUCGGAGUAUCAUUUCUAAAUCGGCCAAGAUACUUACUAUCGAGGACCCUGCAAGUAACAUCGGCAGCGGAGCUGCCACGUUGAAUGCACUUCUUGUAGUGACAGAAUACUUGAGUGCACAAAAUGGAUAUACUGUAGUGUCCCCUGACGUGCUUGAAAAGAGCCGGAUUUUAAUACUGCAUCAUGGCAGAGAGUAUGCUCUGGAACCUUGUGGAAAGGCUUUUAUGAGUGUACCACGAAUUCAUGCUGCUUCCAUUGACCAGAUCAAUGGCCACUCUACCAACUUGGAGAAUCUGUUGAAUGUUACUUCUCAGAUGCAAGAAAAUGGUCCUCCAGGUGUUUGGGUCUGCAGCACUGACAUGAUUUUGACCUGUAGUGAUGUCGCCAUCAACUGGUCGUGUGUCAAAGACUGCCUGCUCGUUUGCUCCGCUUGUGAUCCCCUGUAUGCUACAGGUCACGGUGCUGUCAAGGUGAACAGCGAUGGCAUUGUUUCAAGCAUCUUAUAUUGUGGAACAUUGGAAGCCUUGCACAAUUACACACGUACUGAUGGCACAGUUCUUGUUGUGUCUGGAAUGGUAUUUUUUUCUUCUGAGCUGGCCGAGAGUCUCCUAGCUCUGCAUUCCAUGUCUCCUUUGGACUGUUGCACAUACAUGGGUGUUGACAGCGGCGCUGAGCCAGUGCAAAUGUCAUUGUUUUUUGAUUUGCUGGUGGCUAUGGCCGAAGACGUCACGCAAGACACAUUUGUUAGUGGCCAGCAUGGUCGCUGCUACGACAAAAAAUUUAGUCUUGAGAAGAGAACUAUGGCCCAGAGGGCUCGAAACCUUGUUUGGAAAGAACUGUCAUCAUACUCUCUAAAAGCUUAUGUUUUGGAAGGCCAGCCAAGUCACCACUACUUGUCCAACGACACUACUGCCCGUCAACAUUCCGACUUUCUCAUUAGUCAUGCGGGCAGUGAUUUGCUUCUUCAUGCUGUUUUGGAUGUUGACGAAAAAGAAGUUGGCGACAGUGCUCUUCUUAUGAAUACCUUUGUAAAGAGCAAUAAGUGCUUCAUCGGAAGCCACUCAGUGUUAAGAAACUGCUGCCUGCAGGCACGUGAGGUGGUGGUUGGCAAGAAUUGCUACAUAAAUGGGCUGACAGUGAACCUAAACACUCAGGCUUUGAUUAUUCCUGAAAACAGCUGCAUAAUUCAGUAUGAAGUCUUUUUGGAGCAUUCUGGCGUAUCAUCUCCUGUCGUCAUCACAUUUGGAGUGGAAGACAGUCUUCACGUAAAAUUCUCUAAUGUUUAUCGGGGACAGCAGCAGAACUGCCUGAUGACUGCGAAGAGGUUCACAUGCAGUGAAGAGAGCUUACAAGACGCGCUGUGCCUUAUGACCUCCCCUCAAGAUCAAGAGCACUUAAAUAAAUGGAAAAACUGCAAGAGGCUUUCCCUAGUGGAUGUGUUGGCACAUCAGGACCUGAAAAACCAGUUUUGUAGAUCUUGGGACACUUUUUUUCGUGUCACAAACUCCAUUAUUAAAGGGACUCUGGUGGAGAAGUCGGAUGUGCUCAUCACACCUUUUAUCAACGCAGCUUGCGCUUGUGGUCGUGAGGCAAGUGUAAUGGCUGUGUUGGAUUCAGUUGCUGAAGGACAAGAGGCUGGCAUGGAUCUAGCCAUAGCGUCAAGAGCAUUUUCGUGCAUAGCUGACUUUUUGGGUGCAAUGGCUGGAAAUUUCGGAGGCUUGCGAAGUGGUCCAGGAGGCAACAAGACCUGGAUGCGUGCUUUCGAGUUGCUGGAGGAAGGACAGAUUCAGAAAGGUGCAUUGGCAUUGAAGCAGGAACGUCUCAAGUGGAUGGACCGACCAGAUCGCAUGAUGCGAGCAGCAAGGCAUUACGAAGGGGCCUUACAGGUGCUUAUAAGAAAAGCUGUGCUAACCGCAGAAAAGUAUAUCAUAACAGCUGCAGCUUCUUGCCAGCUUCCCUUUGGACAAUGGGUUGUAGCAGAGUGCCCUGCACGAAUGGAUUUGUUUGGUGGAUGGACAGACACACCACCUAUCUGCUAUGAACUUGGAGGUUCAGUAAUCAAUGUUGCUGUGCUUGUUGAUGGCCAGAAACCAAUUGGAGCCAGGGCACGAAGAAUACAUGAACUGCACAUUGUUAUCACACUGGUGCACCACAAUGUUCCAGAAAAGAUUGAAAUAUUUACCAUGCAAGACCUUCUUGACUAUAAUCAGCCUGGUGCUAGAGGUGCUCUCCUUAAAGCCUGUCUUAUUGGCUCUGGCGUUGUCCAGAUUGACGGCAAAUCUACGCUGCCAGAGCAGCUUCUAGCACUGCAUGGAGGUGGCAUUGAGCUACAGAGCUGGUCCAACUUGCCCCAAGGAUCAGGCCUGGGAACAAGUAGUAUUUUGGCUGCAGCCAUUGUGUCGGCUCUCUGGACUGCAGUUGGGCGGACAUUUGACAAGUUAGCCGUCAUUCACUGUGUUCUGCAUGUCGAGCAACUCUUGACAACAGGAGGAGGCUGGCAAGAUCAAGUUGGUGGAGUCAUUGGUGGGCUCGUGCAAGGCUCCUCGCAGCCUCACUUACCACUUCGUGUGGAUGUUGAAGUGCUCCCACUUUCACCUGAUGUCUACCGUCAGUUGAACGAUCAUUUUCUCCUUCUCUACACUGGCAAAGUCAGGCUGGCCAAGAACUUGCUUCAGACAGUCAUACGAAACUGGUACACCAGAGAUGCUAAAGUGGUGCUGUGUUUCAAGGAGCUGCUUCACCUCUGUAGGACAAGUGUUAAAGAAUCCUUUCUAAAAGGGGAUCUGGAGGCGAUUGGCAAGUGGUUGGACCACUACUGGCAGCUAAAGAAGGUGCUCGCUGCUGGGUGUGAGCCAAUGUUUGUUGGGCGUCUUAUGGAGCUUCUGCGGCCACACGUUCAUGGUCAACUGCUGCUAGGUGCAGGCGGUGGUGGUUUCCUGUGUGCCCUCACCAAAGAACCUCACCAGGCUGGCUUUGUGCAGAAGCUUUUGGAUGAGACUCAGGGAAUGUCAAAGGUUACUGUACACAUGGUGGAACUUGACAUGACUGGCCUGAGACUAAGCAUCAAUGGAGAAAGUGCAGAGCUUCCAAGUCCUUCUUAGUUUUGCUAUACAGUUAUAUAGAGAAGUGGCCCACCAGUGCCUAUACUUUUGUAUUCUUUAUACAUUUUUACAGCUCAAUAAGAAACAUUUACAAAGACAUUCCGAGGGUUUUCAAAAUUUCAUACUACAUUUAUGCCACUAUACAUAUGAAUUCUGCAACCUAGUCCCCAUUAUGCACCAGUCUGCUGGUGAUAUGCUGCUAUGCCAAGACUGAGUCUUGGCAUUUGCGAAUUGCUCUUAUGGUUUUACCAUGUAUUGUAUCGAAUUUCUUUAUUUCACAGCUAGUGCACCC